GCCCGGCCCCCUCCUGCCGCUGGAGCCGCCCCUGUUACCGCCGCCCGGGCCGGGCAGGGCAGGCCGCACCGGGGGCUCCAGCAGCAUGUGGGGCGGCCGGGCGGCGGCGGGCGCGGCGCGGGAGGCCGCGGUGCUGCGGUGGUGCCGGGCGCUGCACGGCUCCGCCGCCCUGCGCGGCUCCAGGAACCUGCUGAGGAAAAUGCUGCGGAAAAACAAGAAGAAGUUAUGGUAUGAUAGCCCUACCCUGGGAUCGAAAAUGAUGUAUAAACCAACCCAGUUAGCCUCUCUAACGAAAGACAACCAGAUAAAAACUAGGAAAGAAGAUAACAUACGCUGCAGAGUCUUGAAUAGUCUUAUUCAUAAAGCUGUGGCAGAGAUGAUGACUACCCCCGAAGUUAAUCAGGAACUUUAUGAUCUCAAGCUGGAAAUCUGCAAGGUGUCCCUGUCAUCAAACUUCUCAGCAUGUCGCGUGUACUGGAAUCCUGCUGCUACUAUGGAGAAAGAUAGUUAUGUUGGAAGGAUACUGCAGAAAAGUGCUCCGCGUAUACGGUAUCUUCUGAUGAGUCGGCAGAUUCUAGGAAAUGUACCCCCAGUAGUGUUUGUAAAAGACAAAGAAGCUGCAGCUGUAAAAGAGGUUGAAGAAUUACUGUCAAUUGCUGAUUUUGGACCUCCAGAAGAAGAAGAAACAUUAUCUCAAAAUUAUUCUAGUAAAGCCUUCUCUUCAGCAACCCAAUCUUCAGAUUCACCUGUGCGGUCUAAUCUUUUUGGUAUUGAUCAUGAACUGCUGAAUAAGCAGAUAAUGGACUACAAAAGACUGAAAGCGGCAAGACAUGUGGAAGGCAUUGCCUGGACAGAAGAGCAGGACCAGCAGCUUUCUAAGAUUCAGAAGAAAAAGAAAAAACCAAGGAAUCCUCCUGAUGAUGACAUUACACCACAGAAGUACUUACUGGACAGAUAUGAAGCUGAUUACUGGGAUGAUAACACCGAGUUGGUCUCAGACUAUGAACUGGAGGGUGAAUUACAGGAAGAGGCAAACGAAUUGGAGGCAGAUGGCGGCAAAACUGUAAGUCAGCCUGCUGAUAAACUGCAGUGAAGCGAGAAAGCCAGUCCCUUUAAAGUGAAGGCUGCCAACAGCAAAAAAACAGACUGUUGUAGAUACUGAAGGAUUAGUUUUGAACAGCCUGUUCACCACUUCCUCUUUCAAACUAGCAGGUUUGCCACACAUGGGGAGGUUUGCUAGCACAAGGGAUGUAAGAAAAACAAAAAUGCUAUUUGUGACAUCCUGUUAAGCAGCUUUCAAGCUGCUGCAGUUGUGGGACUUUCAACCAGAGAGCAGCAGUUUUGUAGUAACAACAUGACGUAGUGCAGCACUGAGUUAAAACUUCCUGCAGUUCUGAUGAUUAUUUCUAAUAAAACUAUGGUUUCUGUGCUGAAAUAAAA